GCGUGGUCUGUACACAGUCGUUUCUGUUUGCGAGUGAGGGCGGAAGUGCGCUGAUAGUUCACUCAAAGGAGAUCCCUUCUUGGAGUCUUUAAGUUUGCAGCCGUGACGAGAGACACAGCAGGUUGUUUUGGAACAUGCAGAACGUUAUAAAUUCCGUAAAAGGCACCGCACUGGGAGUGGCUGAGUUUUUGACACCAGUAUUGAAGGAGUCCAAAUUUAAGGAAACUGGAGUUAUUACACCAGAAGAGUUUGUGGCUGCUGGAGAUCACCUGGUCCAUCACUGUCCCACCUGGAAAUGGUCAACAGGAGAAGAGGCAAAAGUAAAACCUUAUUUACCAAAGGAGAAGCAAUUCUUACUAACUCGUAAUGUACCAUGCUACAAGCGUUGUAAGCAGAUGGAGUACUCUGAUGAGAUGGAGGCCAUUAUUGAAGAGGAUGACGGAGAUGGAGGCUGGGUGGACACCUACCAUAACAUAGGUGUAUCAGGUAUGACUGACGCAGUGCGAGAAAUCACACUGGACAAUAAAGACAAUGUCAACAUGAAUGUGCAUGUGGGUGCAUGCGGGAACGACGAAAACGACGAUGACGACGACGAAGAGGCAGCUGACAUGGAAGAGUACGAGGAAAGUGGCCUUUUGGAGACCGAUGAGGCGACCUUAGACACCAGCAAAGUGCUGGAAGUGAGCAAAUCGAAAGUGGACCCUGGUGGCGAGGAUGUCAUUCUGCAGACACGGACCUAUGACCUCUACAUCACCUACGACAAGUAUUAUCAGACUCCGCGUCUCUGGCUCUUCGGCUAUGAUGAGGAUCGGCAGCCCCUGACCGUCGACCAAAUGUAUGAAGACAUCAGCCAGGACCAUGUGAAGAAGACGGUCACCAUCGAGAACCACCCACACCUGCCCCCUCCAGCCAUGUGUUCUGUACAUCCCUGCAGGCACGCAGAAGUGAUGAAGAAGAUCAUCGAGACGGUGGCAGAGGGCGGAGGAGAGCUGGGAGUUCACAUGUAUCUCCUGAUCUUCCUGAAGUUCGUCCAAGCCGUCAUUCCCACCAUAGAGUACGACUACACCCGGCACUUCACCAUGUAACCUGCACGCGGCAAGGUGGGGCCCCACCGCGGCUCUGCACGGCCGUGCUGCUGCUCACCUCACACCCAUCUCCAGUUCGCCGUUUCUUUCCUGGAUUCACUUUCGGAACGUUUUGGGUCAUUGGGAUUUUCAGGAACUCCUUGCAUGGGGAUUCAGAUCGUUCCGGAAAUCAAGGCCGAUGGGUAUAUUUUAUGUUUGUAUUCAGAUUCACAACAAGCAAAUUACAUGCAUAUUCUGCAGCUUUAUCUGGUGAAAUGAUUCAUCUGAGCUCUAGCAUGGAAAAACUUCUACACCGUCCCCAGUAAGUAGAUUCAUUAAUAGGAAUCCGGGUUCCAGAUUGUGAACAAAAAGCUACAUUGUACUUCGCAGCCAUUCUGCCUAAUCUGCCUCAGAAUUUUAGGUGAAUGUUUUUAAAUCCUCUUUUGCUUCAUUCUUUUGAAACCUCUUCAUAAGCAUAUGUGAUCGCUCCUCCUUUCCUGUCUCUGCAACAUUUAUUGCGUAAAGCUUUUACUGCGAGCAAAAUAGGUUAAACUUCGUGCAGGUCGCAGCAUCUGUGGCUGGGGAUGAUGGGUGUCCUUAAAUGUUAUAGUGUAAUUGGGAGUGAUUGGAUGGGUUCCGGGUCUCCCCCAGAGUCACGGAUUUCAUGUUCUUUAACAGGGUGUGCUCCUACCUCCAGUGUCUUUUAACCGCCAGUGCUGCUGGAACUAAACUGCAAUAUGUGUCAAUCGCCCCAACUCUUCUGAUAUCAGCACCAUCGUUUUUCAGCAGCCGUUUGGAGCCGUAACUACGUGCAACUGUCAUCUAUAGCAAUUAAGAUGUAAAGCUUCGGUUUGGAGUUAGAAUAUGCACUUUUGGUCUAGUAAUUAAAAAAAUAACAGCCUCUCUUUCAGGAGUUGUGGCUGGCCCAUCAAUUUGAACCUUAAAGCGUGAUUGCUUCUCUGUGUUCGUAAAGCUUACAAAACGCCUUUAGAACCGUGUCACAAAAUAUGUUACUCGUAUAUUACUCGUAUUCCGGUAUAUGUCACAAAGUCAUGUGUGCCUGUAUAUUUUAAGAAAAAAAGAUGUCGAUGUUAUACGUUUAACAAAAAAAACAUGAAAACUGAAUGCACUUAAAGUGCAGUGUGAUGUGACGCUGCAGUUCGCUGCAGGCCCGCGUGCGUUAUGCAGUCGGAGAAAUGAGGGUUUUCUCUACACGAGUAUCUCCAAUACCUUAUUUAAAAUAUGCAAUUAAGUAUUUCUAAAUUUUUAAAUACUUACCUUGCCAUUAUACGUUUUAAUUGGGAAAAAUACGUGCAUAAUUAAGACUGUUAACGUUAACUGAUUACAAACGAAAAAUUUCGACAUCUUCACAUUUAUUAUACCAUAUGGCGGCUAAUCAGGUUGUUCUGUUAGCUAAGUCGUCUGUAUGUUCGUGUGGAGCUUUACGGAAAUGUAAGUUGUGCGUCAAAAUGUAUAAGACGCUUCGUGUGAAGAUUCUUAUUUUGCUCUCAGUUUCCUAUCGGCUUCAUUUUUCAUUAAAUGACUGGCUUGCAUCGUAAUUCCCGAUGUACGCGUACACGCGCGCUCCUGGUGUUUGCCUUGUCUGUGACUGUCGUCUGUGGAGGGGGGGAGUCUUGAAUGUUUUACUACAUAUAAAUAAAAGUCUCAGAAACAGUGUUUCUGUUCAUAAUUGCGGAAA